UCACAAAAUAUGGAGGCGAGCUACACAAUGGUAACCUGAGAGAAAGAAAAAAGAAAAGAAAAAUGAAAAUACCUAAAAGAAAACUUUUCCUUCUGAUUAUCUUUGCGUAUGUGGCAUUUUCACUUUAUGCUGCAUACAAUGUCUUCUUCAGCACCAAAGUAAUCUCUCGCGUUCACAGGGUGGUGAAGAAAGAGACAGGAGCACCCUCAGGUGGUGUCAGAGAUGGCGGCGCUGCUCCAUUUCUAGCAGAUGAUUGGAAUCCGUGGGAGGAUGAGCAGGUGGAGUACAACUCGGCUCUCAAUAAAAAGAGAGAGGCCUUCAAACAGCACCUGGGUCGAAUUGACAAGAACAAACCCAAAAGAUACAGGGUCCAAAUCUGGGGGAAAGCUGCCAUAGGGCUUUACCUUUGGGAGCAUAUUUUAGAGGGACCCCUCAACCCUACUGACAAGGUGGCACAGUGGAGAGAGGGAGAGCUGCAGUCAGGAAAGAUUGAUUUCAGUUUCUACACAGGCCCUGCUGUGGUCCAGGGUCAUGUCCCUCUGGAUAUGAACAGCCUUGUUUUGGUUCUGAACGGCCGUGAGCAGCAGAAGGUCUCUUACUCCACAAGGUGGCUGGAACAUGUCCAAGCUAUGGUGCAGUCCCACACAGUGUCACACGUGGCUGUGGUCCUGCUGGGCAAUGAGCACUGCAACAACGACUGGAUCGGCCCCUACUUGAAGAGAAAUGGUGGCUUUGUGGAGCUGCUGUUUGUGGUGUACGACAGCCCCUGGGUCAACGACAAGGAUGUCUUCCAGUGGCCUCUUGGUGUUGCCACAUACAGGCAAUUUCCUAUGAUCAGACCCAAUGCCCAACUGAUCACCUCCAACAGACCAUACCUCUGCAAUUUCCUCGGAACUGUUUACAAGAAUUCAUCCAGAGAAACUCUCAUGCAGGUGCUGAAACAGUCUGGCCUGGAUCAGGAAUGCAUCACCACUGCCAGGGAGAAGUGGCUCCCUCAGGAGACAGCAGACAGUCUGAGACGCUAUCAGACAGCUUUGGCCCAGAGUGAGCUCACUCUCUGCCCAGUCGGGAUCAACACAGAGUGCUACCGCAUCUAUGAGGCCUGCUCUUAUGGCUCCGUGCCUGUGGUGGAAGAUGUACUGACACCUGGGACCUGUGCAGCCGGGCCCAGCUCCCCCCUUCGUCUCCUCAAAGCCGCAGGAGCACCCUUCAUCUUCAUCAGUGACUGGAAAGAACUGCCGGCCAUCUUGGAGAGGGAGAGGGGCAUGAGCCAGGAGCAGAGGGUGGACAGGAGGAGGAGGCUGUUGGAGUGGUAUGCCAGCUUCCGUCAGCAGAUGAAGGAGAGGUUCACUGAGGUCAUCGAGGAAACUUUCUUCAAAAGCGGCUGACCAUGGUGCUUAAUGAACAAACCUUUAAAAGAUGAAUAGGGGCAGAUGUUCCAUAUUGAUUUAAUUUAUUUUGUGGAGAAAUGUGAAAUACUACUGGUGUAGUGAUCCUGAUUAUGUUCAGUGUAAUAUUCCUGUGCAGGUUAUUGUAAAACUAUUUAUGUGUAGUCAAGUGUUGAGGCUGCCAUGACUAGUCAGUAAAGGGCCCCAUGACAUGACUGUAUAUUUAUCAUUUUAAUGUUUACAACAGUGGAAUGUCCAGGUGUUUUAGAAUAAUAAAUGAGACAGUAAACUGCCUUUCCAUAUAUUAUAUUAUUUCAACUGUGUUUUAUAUCUCUGUUUGUAUGCACUUAAUAUUGUGAUUUUUAGGAAACACUAAACAGUAGGUGUAGAAUAAGACAAUGUGUUUUUACACCUUGUUUGAACAUGGUAUAUACAGCUGGUUUGUACUGAAAAUGGAUGUAGUUGCUGUAGCAUGUGUUACUUUUCUGAUCAAAACGCAACAAAACAUUUUUUUCGUUGUUCUGUUUAUUCCAGUGCUGUUCUGCAUGGAUUUGUAAAGAAAGUGCAAUAAAGUAAAUUGCAGUGUGGUCCUGAAGAGAAAUCAGUGGAUAUACGUUUGUGCUUUUAUUUGCCCAGCAGAUGGCGCUGUGGACCAGUUACCUCUCAGUGGAUGGACUGAUCGGUUGACAAGAGAAGAGUUAGGAAAAAAAAUAAAGCGGAA